AUGAAGAACGAGUACACCGCUAGGAAAGUAGGUAUCAAAGAUAUGCAACCAUGUGUGGUCUGCUACAAACCUACGACGACGGUCCUCUACAGUGGUAUUGAUUGGUUUUACACAUGUGAUAUACACCUACAGGAUAACCCGCAAUUCGUUACACCUUUGUACAGUAAAGAGUAUCAAGAUGCAGUAGCUAAAUUAAAGGCAUUGAAACCACUGCCUGCUACAAAUAGUGGUAGUGGUUUGGAUGGUUGGGUCAGCAAAUUUUUAAAGAAGGACAAAAAAGAGAAGCAUAAUGGUGGUGAUGGUGAUGGUAAUGGUGACGGUGACGGUGACGGUGAGAAAACCACUAAAGACAAAGAUCAAGGACAGGAGUUACAAAGACAGUACGACGAGCAAUUGGAUCUUGUAAGUAAAUUACAGCGACAGAAUCGAAAAUACCAAUUGAGUCGUACGGUUUUCGAUUCAAGAAUCCAGAGAAAACAGAUGGAAACCAAAUGGAAGGAACAAAAACGCAUUGAGGAUGAAAGUUAUACAAAUACAGAUCCACUAGAAUUGGAAACAAAAUUUGUAUUCCCCAGCGUGCCUAAAAGCUGA